CCUGGGUUGAGCGUCUAAUGACUCCUCCUCAAAUACUCUUUUUGAACUUCAACCGUUUUAAUGACUGUUUUUCAAAUAUUUCUGUUGGAAUUUCAACCGUUUACACCUGAUUUUGGUAACACGCAUAUUCAUCUACUUGAUGGCAAAAGUCGCAAUGUUUGGUCCGUUUAUAAAAAUUGAGCUCCUCGUUUUCCCUAAAAAGGUUGUUUCGUAAACGUAGAAAUCUUGGCAUGAUGUAAUUGGUACAGUAAUAGCCACGAAAAUAUAUUGGCAAUUCGGGACCGAACUAAGUCAAUAAGGAAGUACAGUAGUGAAAAGCAGAAAAUAAAUACUUCGUAAAGCCUGCAGUGCAUCAGCUCCUUGAUAACGCAGAUAGUUGACUUUAAAUGCUGCCAUCGCUUUUGCAAACCAACGCUUUCCUUAUUGAUGAAAUAAAUGUUUCAUUGUGAUAAAAAAUAUUCGGAGUAGAGCAUGAAUAGGUGUUGUACUUUUAAAUAGGUGUCAUUAAAAUCUCAUGGCCGGACGGCAGCUUCCCUAUUGUCGUCACCUAACACCACCCAUUAGUUAGUGUGAACACCACUUUUCCCGCCUACGCAUCACCUGUCAAUCAUCACUUGACGGCGAUGUCUCACGACAGCUGAUGGGGUUUCAUGUUCUUUAAACAUUUCAAGGGUUUACAAUUCAGUGUUUGGCGGAGCUAGAAGCAUUAAGGAUUUGUCUUUGUCCUGAGAAGACCGAGACAACAGAGCACUUGUUUGGCCAAGACUUGGGGCCUUUUGGAACACAAGCUGCAUACGAAUUGAUUUUUAACUGAAUCCAGUCAUUUAACUCGUCGCCAUGGUUACUAGUCUCACUCUAGGCGUGUACGCUGUACUGUGUUUCCUGUCGCAUGCGCGAAGUUUCGAGGCGACUGAGUUAAAGCCGUGUGAGCAUCAUGUACUUAAGUCUUGUCUGAGAAAGUUUGUACAUGCGUUCAGCGAUUUCGACCGCAGCAUGACGCCACUGGAGAUACACUGCCGCGCUGACAUGAUUCUGGCGAGGUGCACAGCUGACUCCACGUGUAAUGGAAAGGCUGUAGCGUCCCUAAGCAAAGCCUUACUGUCCUACCUUCUUUUCGAUGCUAAGCUUCAGGUCUGUCCGAGAGAGACUGGGGUUUACUGGAAACUUAUGGGCAAAGCUGGUCGAGCUCCUGGCAAAAGCUUCUACCAGAUCAUGAAGAUAAUAUUAUCAAGCACCCCAACUUGUGCCCGGCGUUCUGAUGUCCAUUGCCUGCGGGAGUACGUUCAUCUUAUGCGCACAAACCCAGACCUAUGUGUGAAUAUCCCCAAGAAAUACCGAUGUCUUCAGAAGCAGACCCACAUCUGUCGCGCUAGAAUCCUCAAGAGUUUAUUGGCUGUGUUCCCGGUCGAGGCUGACAGCGUCCUGCACGUUCUUUGCUACUAGAACAAUUAUGCGGUCAAGUGAUGCCCUUCCUGUCAGCCUGGACUAUUAUAGCCUAGACAGCCAUUUUCAUGAUGUUUGCAAAAAAAACUGUUUCGACCUUAACGCUAGAAAACUGUAAAAGUCCUUAUUAUUCAUCAAAAUAAAUCCAAACAUGAGCAUCUGUGAAA